UAAUCUAUGCUAUUUGAAAUUGAUUGAGAAAAGAAAAAUGGCGUGUUUGUCUUCCCUUCUAAAUCUUUGAUUAAACGUAGAUUACUCAGAAGGGAAUAAUAAUUGUGGAAUAGAUUUAUUCAAACCUUCAAUUUUAAGCGACAAAUCAGUCGACAGAUCACAAGUACAUUGAAUCCGAGUUUCUUACAGCAGGCAAGCGAUGUCGUGGCGCAGGGACGAGCGGGGCUCCCGCUGGGGCGAGCACGACGCUCGCUGGGAUGAUAGACCGCGGACGCCCGCCUGGGAGCAGAGGCGCAGCCCAAGCCCUCGGCACUCGCCUCAGAGGGACCGCCACCGCGAGCGGUACGAGUACGAGCGACACCGGGACCGCCGCGACCGCUACGACCGCGACGCGGACCGCUUCCGCGGGCGGGAGCGCUUCGAGAAACGCGAUCGCGAGCGCCGCCGCUCGCCGCUGAGGCGCUUCGAUGAGCGUGACAUACCGGCCCCGCCUUCGCCGCCUAAGAUCAGCAGUGAGAAACAAAUUUCACCGAAUCACGAUUCGGAAUCCAACAGCCCUUCCGCAAUCAACCGACAUGAAAGCAAUGCCGAGAGUGGCGACACUAAAUAUGAGGACGGACAAAGUCCCAAUGGCUCCGCCGGAGAUUGGUUCUGUAAAUGCGGCUCGUACAAUUUCAAACGUCGUCAGGUCUGCUACCGUCGCAACUGUCAAGGGAAACGCACAGAAGGUACCAUCCUCGGUAUCGACUCCGAAAGAGGAAACAGCUCCGAUCCUAACUCUGGUAUAACAAAGAGACUUCUUUUCAGACGUUUAGAUGCUUUGACAACAGAAGAAAAGAUUUUGGAGGUAUUGAAAGAGAGAUGCUCAAGACAAGUUAUAGAUUCUAUUGCAGGUAUUACUAUAGGAAGAGAGACAUUGACAGGGGCUUCAAAAUGCCUUGCUUAUAUCAAUUUCAAUUCUAUCUCUCAAUCCUCAGCUGCUCACAUGGAGCUGAUGUCUUUAAACCCACCUCUUGAAAUAGAUGGUAAAGAAGUCUUAAUUACUUUUUAUAAUGAGCCACCUAAACUACCAAAAACUGUUCCAACUACUUCAGGAGACUAUUCAUCUUAUUAUACACAAAUGCCAAACUAUAAUGCACCAUCAUCGUCAGCACUCUCAGAAGCAGACAGAGUCAACGCUGCAGCAGCAGUGGCCCAGUCUGCAAUCAAUGCUGCUCAGGCUCGGCAAAUGUCCUGGGUGCCUGUGUCUGCACCUGCAUUUGUGUCUUCAAAUUCACAAAUGAAUGCGGCAACUAAAAUUCCUACUGGUGAUGGCAAAACUGUGUUCACUGCACCUGAUGUUAGAACAUUUAUGUAUGAUGAAACAUCUGGAUAUUACUAUGAUCCUGCCACAGGCUUGUACUAUGAUGGUGCAACCCAAUACUUUUAUAACAGUCAGCUAAGUUUGUACAUGUACUGGGAUGCAACAUCAUCCACUUAUAUUGCUGCCACCCAAACUCAGCAGAACACAGACCAGCCAAAACUGCCUAGCCCUCCGGAAGCCACAACAGAAAAUACUAUUAUAAAAGAGCCAGAGGAAAAGAAAAAGAAAGAUAAGGAGGAUAAAGUGAAGGUGGCUAAAAAGAUUGCUAAAGAUAUGGAGCGAUGGGCGAGAACAUUAAAUCAAAAGAAAGAAAAUGCUAGAAGCAAUUAUGUAAUGGAGCAACCUUUAGAUACCGGUGCCAGUAAAGGUUCAGCCGAUAUAGGUUUCUCUGUGCUGGGCAGCAGCCCCUCCUUGACACAUGUCCCGGAACUAUCACCCCCUCCGGUGUCAACUGACGAAUUUCUUGUUAAAAAAACUGAACCCGGUUUGUUUGAAAGCGAUGAAGGUAUCAUUGAUUGGGCCAAGCUGACAUGCCUUAUUUGCAAACGUAAAUUCCCAUCCGUGGAAGUUCUAACAAAACACAAAACAUUAUCUGACCUGCAUAAACAAAAUUUGGUGGAGUUUCGCAAGAAGAAUGAUCUCCUGCCGCAAACAAAUGGGUACAGAGACCGAGCGGCGGAGAGGAGGAUGAAGUUUGGUGAGGAUGAGCCGCCGCCUAUUAGAAAGCGAUACGAACCUUCUGACAGUUCGCAUGCACCAGUCAUGUCACAUCCCCCUCCAUCAGUUGUGGACACUAUCGGUGGCAAGAUGUUGCAAAAGAUGGGUUGGUCGGAGGGCCGCGGGCUGGGCAAGACAGAGCAGGGCAGGAUAGCGCCCAUAGAGGCGGAGCAACGGCCCCAGUUGGCGGGGCUGGGGCAGAAGCGCGGCGUGUACACCCCCACACCUGGGGAGACCUACAGAGACACUGUGAAAAAGCUGAUGAUUGCUCGCUACAAAGAAGUUGUCGGUCAAGAGGAAGGAAAUCAUUGGUGAGUUUUAUUGGUUUAAUAUUUAAAUGUUAACUGUUUAUUUGCAGGUUGGAUUUCUGGAGGUCAGUGGAUUUGGAGUAAAUCAAUUCUUUACUUUGUACAAUUAUUUUAAUCAGUUACAAUGUUUUAUAAAUGAACAAUUUAAUUUGUAAUAGUUGGAUUUAGUUUGGAACACAAGCUAGACAUAUUUGUGUUGUUGUUGAAAAUAGUGAAUUCUAAAAUGUUUAUUAAAAUAAUGUAUAAUAUAACAUAAGUAGUAACAUAAUAUGUUGUAACAUCUCAACCAUCUCAUGUAUUUAAAGUUUGUCUACAAUAUUUUGUAUGAUGAAAUGUUAGGAUGUUAUGUAUUGUCAUGAAAGUUAUCAUCAAGUGAAACACAAUAUUAUCUUUAUGUAAGUGACAAUGAAGAUUGAUGAUGAAAAUGCUGGGUUUGAUGUUUCCAUCGGAGACGACAUGUUGCAAACAUUUCUAAUGUGUUGAUUCUCAUUUCACAACACUAGAUGUGGCGGCCGCAAGCGCCGUACGAUAGAACGGCCGUACGGCGUGCGCCCUCACUGCGCGGUGAGUUUUUCUUUAUAUCUUUGUGUUAUUCAUUCAUUUUUUUCCACAGGUCCAUACAUCUAUCUAUCAAUAUAUUGUUGUCAAAAUGCCACUUCGAGGAAUACUAUACUAUACUAUAAUAUACUUUUUCUAGGUGUACAGAAUGAAUAAUUAUAAAAUCAUUGUCUACAACUACAUGCAUUGUAUAUCAGCAUGUUAUAGGAGUGCCUUAUAUUCUUAGUCUGAUGAUUUUUUUUUAUUAGUCUAUGAGUGUAAUUUGAUUGUCACGACACUUGUAUUAAAACAUAUUAUUGUCUCUUACUUUUUUGAAGGAAAUGUGAGAGAUGACAUCAUGUUUUUUUUAAAGUGUGUUGACGAUGAAAUCCCGCUCUACAAUAUUCCAGUAGCUAAGCUAUAUUUAGGUAAAUUUACACAGAAAGG